UUGGGGGCGCCCGUGGGGCCGAGCAUCCCUAUCCCCGGCCCGCUGGCCCCUGCCCCCCGCCUGCCCCCCGCCUCACGCCUGGCCGCCCCGCCCCGCCUUGACCCCCGGCGGCCUCCGGAGCCCGACGCGCAGGGCAUAGACUUCUCUUGUCUUGGUUGGAUGCACAAAUCUGUGUGCAGUGCUUUUUGCCCGUUGCCUAGACGAUCACUUGGUUUCUCUGAGGAUGUCUGGUUCUCGUAAAGAGUUUGAUGUGAAGCAGAUUUUGAAAAUCAGAUGGAGGUGGUUUAGCCAUCAAGCAUCAUCUAACUCUACAGUUGACAGCCAGCAGGGAGAAUUUUGGAAUCGAGGACAGACUGGAGCAAACGGUGGGAGAAAGUUUUUAAAUCCAUGUAGCCUACAAUUGCCUUUGGCUUCAAUUGGUUACCGAAGGUCCAGCCAACUGGAUUUUCAGAAUUCACCUUCUUGGCCAAUGGCAUCCACCUCUGAAGUCCCUGCAUUUGAGUUUACAGCAGAAGAUUGUGGCGGUGCACAUUGGCUGGAUAGACCAGAAGUGGAUGAUGGCACUAGUGAAGAAGAAAAUGAAUCUGAUUCCAGUUCAUGCAGAACAUGGAAUUCUGAAUUGUGGUGUUGGAAUAAUAAAUAUAGACCAGUCAUCUAUAAUCAUUUGUAUAAUGAAGAGAGGGGCGUAUCUUUACAUAGGACUUCCAACAGUAGUGAGACGUUAUCAUCCUGCCAUACUAUGGAGCCAUGUUCAUCAGAUGAAUUUUUCCAAGCCCUUAAUCAUGCUGAGCAAACAUUUAAAAAGAUGGAAAACUAUUUAAGACACAAACAGUUAUGUGAUGUAAUUCUAGUUGCUGGUGAUCGCAGAAUUCCGGCUCAUAGGUUGGUGCUCUCCUCGGUCUCAGACUAUUUUGCUGCCAUGUUUACUAAUGAUGUCAGGGAAGCAAGACAAGAAGAAAUAAAAAUGGAAGGUGUUGAACCCAAUUCACUAUGGUCCUUGAUUCAGUACGCAUAUACAGGCCGCCUUGAAUUAAAAGAAGAUAAUAUUGAGUGCCUGCUGUCUACAGCUUGCCUCCUUCAGCUUUCACAGGUUGUGGAAGCUUGCUGUAAGUUUUUAAUGAAACAGCUUCACCCAUCCAACUGCCUUGGAAUCCGUUCUUUUGCUGAUGCCCAGGGUUGUACAGAUUUGCAUAAAGUGGCUCACAAUUAUACCAUGGAACAUUUCAUGGAAGUAAUUCGAAACCAGGAAUUUGUAUUAUUACCAGCCAGUGAAAUCGCAAAGCUCUUGGCAAGUGAUGACAUGAACAUUCCUAACGAGGAGACAAUACUGAAUGCACUUCUUACUUGGGUCCGUCAUGAUCUAGAACAGAGACGGAAAGAUCUCAGUAAACUUUUGGCUUAUAUUAGGCUACCUCUUCUUGCACCACAGUUCCUGGCAGACAUGGAAAAUAAUGCACUUUUUCGGGAUGAUAUAGAAUGUCAGAAACUUAUUAUGGAAGCAAUGAAGUACCAUUUAUUACCAGAGAGACGACCCAUGUUACAAAGCCCUCGGACAAAACCUAGAAAGUCAACGGUUGGAACAUUAUUUGCAGUUGGAGGAAUGGAUUCAACAAAAGGAGCAACAAGCAUUGAAAAGUAUGAUCUUCGUACAAAUAUGUGGACUCCUGUAGCAAAUAUGAAUGGGAGGAGGCUACAGUUUGGUGUUGCAGUGUUAGAUGACAAACUGUAUGUGGUUGGAGGAAGAGAUGGACUGAAGACUUUGAACACUGUAGAAUGCUACAAUCCCAAAACAAAAACCUGGAGUGUGAUGCCUCCUAUGUCCACCCACAGGCAUGGCCUUGGUGUGGCUGUAUUGGAAGGUCCCAUGUAUGCAGUAGGAGGACAUGAUGGCUGGAGCUAUCUGAAUACAGUGGAGAGAUGGGACCCUCAGGCUCGCCAGUGGAAUUUUGUUGCCACUAUGUCCACCCCCAGGAGCACAGUAGGUGUGGCAGUACUAAGUGGAAAGCUUUAUGCAGUUGGUGGUCGUGAUGGAAGUUCUUGCCUCAAAUCAGUAGAAUGUUUUGAUCCUCAUACUAAUAAAUGGACACUCUGUGCACAAAUGUCAAAAAGGAGAGGGGGAGUAGGAGUAACUACCUGGAAUGGAUUGCUGUACGCAAUUGGAGGACAUGAUGCUCCUGCGUCCAACUUGACUUCCAGACUCUCAGACUGCGUGGAGAGAUAUGAUCCCAAAACAGACACGUGGACUGCAGUGGCAUCUAUGAGCAUUAGCAGAGAUGCAGUGGGGGUCUGUUUACUUGGUGAUAAAUUAUAUGCUGUUGGAGGGUAUGAUGGACAGACUUAUCUUAAUACAGUGGAGGCUUAUGAUCCGCAGACAAAUGAGUGGACCCAGGUUGCUCCACUAUGCCUAGGAAGAGCUGGGGCUUGCGUUGUAACUGUCAAAUUAUAACAUAGUGCUUUGUUUUCUAAAUGAAGAUUUCAUCUGCCUCAUGAAUUUAGUAAAAUUAUUCUCCUACCAAUGGAUACAUUUUUAGCCAAUUUGCAAUGCCGCAUUCCUGGGCACAGAGUGCCCAAUCUCAAAGCGAAGAGGAGGAACAAGAGGAUGACCCAGGAUUAAAUCCUACAUUUCUCAGUAAGUCAUUUCUCAGCAAAUCCAGGCUACAGCUGGUGGACUGUGAGCAUAUGUUCCCGACAUAACAUAUGAGGACAAAUGCACUGCUCCUCAACACGACCCAGUGUUAGCUGGGAAUGUCAUUUAUUAAUAAUCAAUCACAUUUUACUCACUUUAUCCAGAUUUCUUUUACUACAGUGCAUAUAUGCCAGAUAACACUUUGAACGUUUGCUUUGUAACUUUAUCGUACAUUAGUUGCCGUAAUUUUUAUCCAUUUGUUCAUUUAACCACAACCGCUGCUUUAAUGACAUACUAAACACUAUGCUGAUAUUCAGUUUUCAGAAAUAGCUGCAUUAUAUAUGCUUUGAUUGUGGAUUUUAUUUCUCAGUCGGCUUAGUCUCAUGAAUAAAGAAAAAUGAGAGUUAAAACAAUAAUGACCAAAUGAAAAUGAAAUGAUCUUUGGGUUCUUUUAAAAUAUUCAUCCUAUUAUAUUUAGAUUCACUAAGAGCUAUGCAUUAUGAUAUUCUCAAAUUGGAACUGAAACAUAGUGUUUUGCAUUAAAUUUAAGAUAUGCAAAAUUAUGGGGGUGCCUGGGUGGCCCAGAUGGUUGAGAGUCUGCCUUCGGCUCAGGUCAUGAUCCCAGGGUCCUGGGAUCGAGCCCCACAUCGGGCUCCUGGCUCAGCAGGGAGUCUGCUUCUCCCUCUCCCUCUGCCUCUGCCUCUCCCCCUGUUCAUGCUCUCUCUCUCUCUCUCUCUCUCUCUGUAUCUCUGUGUCUCAAAUGAAUGAAUAAAAUCUUAAAAAAAAUAAAAGAUAUGCAAAUUUAUGUAGAGGAAAUGAAUGUCAUAUGCCCUAAAAUGUUCUUUCACCCAAGUAGCACUUAAUUAUAUGGAUUUGUUUUCUUUUAUAUUAUAUAAGAUGUUUUGAUUUUGAUAUUGACAAAACUGUUUGGAUAUUUUUAUGUUCUUAAGUCUGGAUUUGCCUCCCUUGCUUUGUUUCUCACAUUUUGCUGCAGUUAGUAACCCUUUGUGCUUCUUUGUAAUCAAAUAGUUUGAGGGGAAUGGGAUUAUUGAAUGUUUGAAAAAUAAGUUUGAAGUGUUUAUUACCCAAAGUUUUGUACAUUUGUAAACUCCAAUUACACAUGUGAAUGUUAAUAUUCUCAGUGAAUUGUUUCUUGUCGGCAAAAAUGCACUGGGCAGUAACAUUUUAUGAUAAAUCCUUUAAGAUAUAAAAAUCAUUAAUUUAUGUCUUAAUAUAAAAAUGAGUAUAAACUAAAUACCCAUCUUUUAAAAUACAGAACUGUGGUUAAUGUGCUUUUACAUUUUAUAUCAAGGUAGACUUCAUUUUAGUUGCUUUCUUUAAAAAAUUAAACCAACUCUUUUUUUGGUGGGGGGUGGGGCGGGUGGGGUGGGAGGCAGCCAAUUUUGAAUGCUCUUGAAAUGUUUCUACCCUGGAAACCAAGAAACUGAAUACUUCCAUUCCCAAAGCAAAUCUUGUGGUCAUCUUAUUGGUGUGGCCACAAAGAAAAUAAUAGUGAAAAAUACAUUAAUGUUUUCUAUAUUCAUUAUAUUAUGGAUAUAAAUUCAAUUAUUUUCAUGACAAGGAGGGAUCAGCCUUAGAGUAUAUUUAUGUAUUUAGGGGAAGAGAGAGGAAAAGAAGAGGAAAAGUUACAGGAAACAAAACAAAAAAAUCAAAAGCAGAAAUGUGUUAGCACAUCAUCACCUUCUUGGGGAGGCUCAGGCCUGUGAUUUGAAAGGAAUUUAUACUUGUACAAUACAAGGAUUUAUACUUGUGAUUAUUCCUUUGAACACUCACCAUCCACUCUCUGAGGACCUUCCUUUCCUUAUGGGAUUCAUGAACAGUGCCUUUGAUUUUUCUACCUUGAUAGAGGACCUUUUUAAUGCAGUUUUGUACAGUUGACGCUUGAACAACACAGGGGUUAGGGGCCCAACUCCCUGCACAGCAAAAAAUCUGCAUACAAUUUUUGACUCCCUUGAAACUUAACCAGUGACAGCCUACUGUUGACCAAGCCUUACCAAUAAUGUAAACAGUUGAUUAACACAUAUUUUGUAUAUUGUAUGUAUUCCUACAAUAAAGUAAGCUACAGAAAAGAAAAUGUUAUUUAAAAAAUCAUAAGGAAGAGAAAAUAUAUGUACAGUACUGUACUGUAUUUAUCAAAAAAAAUCCUCAUCUAAGUGGACCCAUACUGUUCAAACCUGUAUUGUUCAAAGGUCAACUGUGGUCAAGAGGACCUGCUUUCCUGAAUACUAAUAAAGAGAACCAAUUCUUUCUGGUGACAGAACGCUCGCCAAAACAUUCAUUCUUCUCGUCUGGGGUCUUAUAACUCUGGAGGAAAAUACGACUCUUCUUUGUAUCCAUCAUCCAACAUUGCUGCCUUGACUUAUACUUGCUUGUUCAUUGAUGAUGAUACCUAGAUGCUCUUUAUUUUAACCUCAAUUAGUGAUACCUUAUAAAAAUAAUAUUUGUUAGUAAUUAUUGAAUGCUUAUUAUGAAUUAAGAACCAAGUUUUUUGCACGCAUUAAUGCACUUAAUCCUCACAACAACCUUAUGAGGUAGGUUCCAUUAUUAUUCUCAUUUUUACAGAUGAGGAGACUGGGGCACAGAGAAGUUAACCCCAAGAUCAUAAUAUAGCAAGUAAGUGGUAGGACAGGAAUUUGAAUGCAGGCACUCUGCACUUGAGAGUCCAUACUCUUAUUUCUUUCUCUAGGUAGAAAAAGAGAGGUUUCAUUUUAAUAAAUGAGGAAUCAUUUAUUUUAAUAAAAAGAAAAUGAAGAAGGUUUAUGCUUUUGGAAGUAAAAUUUAUACCAGUUAUACCCCUCUCAGAAAAUUUUGGUUCUUUAGUCUCAUUGGGGAAAUUUUGUUUAAAUCUCUUAUAGAAUUUUACGUACAAAUUUGCUUUAGAAAAGUAAAUGCAAGAAAACACGAUAUAUACUUCACAUUUUAUAAAUAUUAGAUGGAUUGCAUGGUAUUUUGGAUGACUGAACCAUAAACAGAUUUAUUUAUCAAAAAGGCUUUAUUGCCAAAAAAAUUAGAUGACGUAGAUGAAAUGGACAAAUUCCUAGAAACACACAAAUUACCAAAACUGACUCAAGAAGGAAUAAAAAAUCUGAACAGACCUAUAACAAGUAAAGAGAUUGAAUCAAUAAUCAAGAAUUCCCAACAAAGAAAAUACAGCAGUAGAUGGGUUCACUGGUGAAUUCUGCCAACCAUUUAAAGAGAAAUUAACACCAAUUCUUCUUAAACUGUUCCAAAAAAAAAAAUAGGAGAAACACAUUCUAAUUUAUUCAAUAAGGCCAGCAUUAUCUUGAUACCAAAGCCAGACACAGACAGAUUGUACACUAUGACAAAGUAAUAGUUAUUGCAAGAAUAUGGGGAUGUUUCAACAUAUGAAAAUCAGUCAAUAUAACAUAUCACAUUAAUAGCAUGAAGGGAGCAACAUUGUCCUAGUUGGACAAUGACAUGAAAAUAAAGCUAUUUGUUAUAAAAAAAAAAAUUGAAUGAAGGGGGAAUGAACAACAUGAUCAUCUCAAUUGAUAAGAAAAACAUUUGAUAAAAUCCAACACCCUUUCAUGGUAAAAAAAAAAAAAAUUCCACAAACUAGGGAGAAAUGGAAUUUCCUCAAACUGUUAAAAGGCAUUCAUGAAAAACCCAUGUUAACAACAUAUUAAAUGGUAAAAGAUUGAAAACUAUCUUCUUCAGAUCAAGAAAAUGCCCACUUUCACCACUGCUAGUCAACAUUGCACCAGAAGUUCUAGGAAGAACAAUUAGGCAAGAAAAAGAUAUAAAAGGAAUCCCGAUUUUAAAGGAAGAAGUAAGACUACUCUAUUUGCAGCUGACAUGAUUCUAUAUAUUAAAAAUUCUAAAGAAUACACACACACAUACACACACAAAACAAAACUUGAGUGCAAAUAAAUUCAGAAAUGUUGCAGGAUACAAGAUCAACACAGAAAUGUCAAGUGAUUUCUAUACAUUGGCAAAAAAAAUCCAAGAAGGAAAUUUUAAAAACAGUUCUAUUUAUAGUAGCAUUACAAAGAAUAAAAUACUUAGUAAUAAACUUAACCAAGGAAGUGCAUGGCUUGCACAUUGAAAAAUACAAAACACUUAUGAAAUAAAGAUCUAAAUAAAUGGAAAGACAUCCCACAUUCAUGGAUCAGAAGAAUUAUUGUUAAGAUGGCAGUAGUCUCCAAAUUAGUCUAUAGAUUCAAUGCAAUCCCUAUCAAAAUCCCACUGGCCCUGUUUUGCAGAAAUGGAAAAGCUCAUCCUAAAAUUUAUAUGGGAUUGGAAGUCACCCAAAAGAGCCAAAACAAUCUUUAAAAAGAACAAAGUUAAAGUUAAAAUCAAAUGCCAUUUCCUGAUUUCAAAAUAUAUUACUAAGCUGCAGUAAUCAAAAUAGUGUAGUACUGGUAUAAGGAUAAGUACAUAGACCAGUAGCAUGAAAUACAAAGUCCAGAAAUAAACUAUGGUCAACUGAUUUUUAACAGGGGAGCCAGGACCAUUCAAUAGAGAAAGAAUAGUCUCUUCACCAAAUGGUGCUACAACAGCAAUAUUCAUGUGGAAAAGAAUGAAAUGGGACAUUUAAUUCACAAAUGUGUAAAUAUUAACUCAAAAUAAAUCAAAGAUCUGAAUAUAAGAACCAAAACCAUAAACCUCUAAGAAGAAAACAUAGGUACAAAUCUUCAUCACCUUGGAUUUGGCAAUGGUUUCAUUUAUAUGACAUCAAAACACAAGGCAACAAAAGAUAGAUAAACUGGACUUCAUCAAAAUUAAAAGCUUCUAUGCAUCACAGGACACGAUCAAGAAAGUGAAAAGACAGCCCACAGAAUGUGAAAAAAUAUUUGCAAAUCAUAUAAAAAGUCUAUCCAGAAUAUAUAAGGAACUCCUACAUUCAACAACAAAAAGAUAAACAACCUAUUUAAAAAUGGGCAAAGGACUUGAAUAGACACUUCUCCAACAAAGGUAUAAAAUGGUCAACAAUCACAUGAAUAGACGCUCAACAUCAUUAGUCAUUAGGGAAGUGUAAUCAAAACCAUUUCAAAUCCACCAGGAUGACUAUAAUUUUAAAAAGAGAAGAUAAGUGUUGGAGAGGAUGUGGGGAAAUCGGAACCUUCAUACACUGCUGGUAGGAUGGUUAAAUAGUAUGGGUAUAGUGGAAAACAGUUUGGUAGUUUCUCAAUAAAUUAAACAUAGAAUUACCAUGUGACCAAGCAAUUCCACCCCUGGGUGUAUAUCCCCCCUACCAAAAUAAGAAACCCUGAGAACAGGUGUUCAAACAAAAAUUUGCAUAUAAAUAUUCGGAGCAACAUUAUUCAUAGUAGCCAAAAGGUAGAAACAACCCAAAUGUCCAUCACCUGAUGAAUAGAUAAACAAAUUGUGGUACAUAAUAUAAUAGAAUAUUUUUCAGUCAUAAAAAGAAAUGAAGUACAGAUACAUACUGCAACAUGGAUGAACCUUGAACACAUUAUGCCAAGUAAAAUAAGCCAGACACAAAAGACCACAUAUUGUAUGAUUCCAUUUAUAUGAAAUAUACAAGAUAGGCAAAUUCGUGGGGGCAGCCAGAGUCUGAGAGGAAGAGGGAGUGGAGAAUGACUGCUUAAUGAGUAAGGAGUUUCCUUUCGGGGUGAUAAAAAUGUUCUGGAACUAAUUAGUGGUGAUUACACAACAGGGUGAAGGUACUAAAUGUCACUUAUGACAAAUUUUAUGUAUAUUUUACAAUAAAAAGCUUAGUAGGUACAUUACAAAUUGUUAUUUAAAUGUUGUAACAAUAGGCAUUCUCUAUAUUGCUAGGAUUAAAACUCUGCAUUUACAUUCAUCCCAAAGAGAUUUUUUCUCAAUGUAAUGUGCAAGUAAAUGGAUUUUUAAGUCUGACAGAAAAUCUCUUUAGAUUUUAGAUUUAGAAACAGUGACAAAGAGGAAAUUUUGAUUGGAAGCUCUUUUCCAAUGCCUAGUACACAAAGGCAUCCCAUAAAUGUUAAAAGUCAAAGUAAGUAUCUUUUCAUUAAUUGUAUAAUGCUUAAAAUGUUUGUAAUUUCUUAACUGUUAUUGAACAAAUAUUCAGUAAAAUGACAUUUUACUGUGACUGGAUUAUAAAUUCCCAUGUAAUAUUUUCAUUCUAUUUCAUUUUUUAAUUGGAGUAAAAAAUCAAAUGCCAUGAAAAAUUAAAACCUACUUUUGGUAUUUUCAUCCUUCUCAAUCUCAGAUACCUUCCAUGAUUUAUAAAAAUGGACCAACUCCCCCACCAGAGACUCUGUCCUGACUCCUAAGACCUAAGAAAAUACCAUGUUUAUUUUGUAUCUUCUCCUGGGCCUGAGCAACUCUGGCAUCUUGUGAAUCUCUUGAAGAAAUACAGUACUGAUUGAUGUAGGUAUUAGCAUCACAACUAGUGUUUACUGCCACCCCAUUUUCCCUCCAGCCCUGGGUAAUUAUUUCCUUUAGCUAAUGAGAUGCAUCUAAAGAAGGCAAGGAAGCUUGGAAACCAUGUUCAGUGUCCUCCAUCUUUGCUCAAGCUGAAGUUGGUUCCAUUUGGUGACAUUUCUUUGUGGAUAAUAAACACAUAUUUAAUCAAGAUAUCGGUAAUUGGUUUUAUAUUGUUGAAUGAAUACUACUUGUAUAAUAUGUGCCUAAAGAAUAACUAAUAGAAGUUGGGAAGGCAAACAAUGACUCAGUGACCCUUUGGUUACACCGGGAGUGGUGGCAUACUCAAUGUAUUAACAUUAUCAUGACUACACUAGUUUCAAAACUAGUCAGAUUGCUUAUUUAUAUUUUUCUGAGUGAAUUCUACCCAGAAAGUCUAUUGUCACUUUUUAAGAGAGUACAAACACGCCACUUGAAAUUGAGAAGUAGAAUCCACUACAUUUUUAAAAUCGCUUUCUUUGAAGUUAUGCGUCUUUACAAAUCUAAAGUACAUGAUAAGCUGAGCAGUUCAAAAGAGACCUAGAUGGAGUAAAUUUUGUGGACGGAAAGAGGUCCUUGCGUAGUGGUGGAGCAAUGAGGUUAGAGAGAAGCUGUCAUUCAAAGAGCUGCCUGUGUCUGACAAGAAUAGCUGGGCUGUAUGAGGACUUCAAAGAAAGAAAAUCCCAGGUAGUAAGUUUGGCAAAAGCUGACCUACUUACCUGGCUGAUUCUGUAUCACAAACUCAGUAGCAAAGCUGCAGAGGACUGAGAGUGGGGGUGGGGGCAGCUAUUCCAAUUGAGAAUUCAUUUAUCUCAGAAACUUUCUGAUAAAAAAAUGUGCAUUGAGCAAAGCAGUAGGGAGACUAAAAUCUUAUAUAAUUGUUGAUCAUGACACAAAGGAGGGGAAAGAAUGUUAGUUCAUUAAGGGCAUAUACUGGGGUAUCUUUUUGUACCCACUGUAGCACUUAGCAUUUUACCCACUGUUACACCUUCACAUAAUAGGCUCUCGCUAAUUACUGGUUGAUGUAAAUAUGGAGUAGACUUGGUCUUUGAGGUCAGGCACCGCAAAUGUAUUGAAAUGUGGGUUUAUAGUAACACAAAUUCUGAAAGAUAGAACAAAAAGAAUUUAUGAGAUUUCCUUGUUCACAUUUUGAAAGAGGGUUAUGACAUAAGGAGAGGGGUAGAAAGCAUGUGCAUGGGAGUGAGAAAACUAGAAUAUGGUCGGGAAGGAAGAAGCAGCCCAGGCUGACUGCUGAGGCAUCAGAUACAUGCAGGGCGAUGGAGGGAAAUGUUGGCUCAUUUAUUGUUUUUUUCAAAUUAAGAAUGACAGUCAUCGUUUCUAUCUGCACAUGACUCCAAAAUAAUAUGAAGAAGCUCCAGAUGGUUAUAAAUAAUGCCGGGGAUGCAGUCUA